UGUUUGUCGCUUACAUUUCCAUCCACCCAACACAUACGCCUAAUUAUACACACUAGAUUCUUCAUCAUUCUACGACUGAAUUGGCCCAUCGUGAACAUGUCCACACCUUAUGAGCUCAUAUACUGGAAAGGAGCACCGGCUCGUGGAGAACACAUCCGACUUUGCUUCGAAGAAACUGGAACACCUUAUUCCGAUACGGCCAGGCUUGAGAAUUGCAAUGAGAUUGUUCCUCAGUAUAUAAAAGCCGAUUAUCUCGGGGAUAAGAGCACCCCUCCUUAUUACGCGCCCCCUUUGUUCAAGCAUGGCGAUUUGAUGAUUUCGCAGACGAGUAAUAUUCUUAUGUAUGUGGCACCUAAGAUCGGACUUGCUCCGAAGACAGGCGACGAUAUUUAUAAGUUGAAUGCACUCGCCCUUACUGCGCUCGAUGGGUUGAGUAAUGAAGUGCAUGAUUGCCAUCAUCCUAUAGCCCAUGAUCUGUACUACGAAGAUCAAGUCGAGGAGAGUAUUCGGCGCAGUAAGGACUGGGUUAAGUCGAGGUUGCCUAAGCAUCUUGGGUUCUGGCAGAGGGUUAUUCAGGGCGAAUCUAGUGGGGAAGGCCCUUGGGUGUAUGGGGGGAAUUUGACUUACGUUGAUUUGGUUCUAUUCCAGUGUAUCGAUGGUGUCUUAUACGCCUUCCCAAGGGCUAUGAAGGCAGCUAAAGAGUCAGGGAAGUAUAAUCGGGUCUUUGAGCUGUAUGGUGCUGUCAAGGCUCGCCCGAGGAUUGCUGGGUAUCUCGCUAGUGAGAGGAGACAGGAGUAUACUAUUGGCAUCUACCGUUACUACAAGGAGUUGGAUGUGGUCGCGGAAGACUCGUCCUAAGAUGAGGGACAGUCAUGAGAUAUUUAGAUAAAGAGGGAGAGAAGAAUAGGUGAUGUGAAAAUCCAGGCCUGCCUAGUUAAGCUACCUAGGUGCCAAUAUUUAGUGGCACUUCCACGGUAAUCUAGGUGUCUACACAGUUAGGUGUAAGACGGGUUUAGGCUUCGAAGGGCCCUGUAACUCAUCGCCAACAAGUGAACCUAGGUACAUACUAUAGCCCCUAUCCUACGGGUAUAAGCACUACAGGCU